AUGGCUGCCAGCACAAACUCGCCCACGUCAACAAUAUCCGAUACGACAUCAGUCAGGCCCGUCGCCUGUCUGCGCUGCAGGCAGCGUCGGUCUGGCUGCUCCAAGGAGCGGCCCCAAUGCUCAAGGUGCCGUGACAGUGGGUUUGAGUGUGUGUACGAGGAGGCGAGAAAGAUCACCAUCAAUGAAAGCUACUUGCGGGAGCUGGAGGCAAAGGUGAAGGAGUACGAGGCCCUGAAAGCAGACCAGGUCCAGACGCAGUCGGCGCCUGUCCAGGUGCCGAUGCGCACUCGGCCGUUCAACGUGAGCGACGACGAGGAAAUCGAAGACAAAUUACCGCUACUGGAACCGUUCAACCAUCUAAGCGUAAGCGUCCCGGGCCGGCCCUCGGUCAGCUUCAAGGGCCCGGGCUCGUCGGACAACUUCCUGCGGAGUGUGCGCAAGUUGUCCGGUCUCUACGGCGACGAUGGCAGCCUCGACACCAAUGCAAACUUUUACGAUCCAGGCGCUCUCCCGUCGCGACGGUCCAGCCUGCGAAGCCGGGCUAGACUACCUCCGAUGGACAUUGCAAGGCGUCUCUUCGCCGCGCAGUACACCUACAUCGGCACCAUCUUCUUCUUCACCGAUCCAGAGACCUUCGAGCAACUACUCCUCGAGGCAUACCGAGGUCCGCCCGACACCUCGGACCAGGAGGCAUGCCUUGCUUAUGCCAAGGUGCUCAUGAUCCUGGCCUUUGGUCAGCUAUAUUCGAUCAAUCAAUGGAUCGACUUCAAGGGCCCUCCCGGGUUCGACUACUUCACAGCGGCACUGGACCUGCUGCCUGACGCGCACGAGGAGGGCUCGAUCCUGUGCGUGGAGACGCUCGCCUACGUCGGCUACUUCAUGCAGAACAUGAACCGCCGUGAUGCUGCUUUCCUUUACAUCGGCAUGGCCCUGCGCAUGGCCAUCUCUCUGGGCCUCCAUCAGGAGGUAUCCGGCCCCGGUCUGGACGAGACGACCAAGGAACACCGGCGGCGGGUGUGGUGGAGCAUCUACAGCCUCGACCGCAUCGUGUCCGUCAAGUCGGGCAACCCCCUCACCAUCCAGGACGAGGACAUCGGCAUCGCCAUGCCGUCCAAGCUGCCCAGCGAGCCGGAAUACUGCCCCGCGGUGGUGCUCCGGCACUACACGGAGCUGUCGCGCAUCCUGGGCGAGGUGCUCAGCUUCAUCUACCGCAAGACGCCCAAGUCGGGCAGCCGGCUGAUGGAGUCGGUCCGGAACAUCAUGAUGGCGCUCGCCAAGUGGCACCGCGAGCUGCCCGACGGCCUGCGCUUCGACCCGGCCAAGCUGAGCAUCUCGCGCGAGUCCGUCUCGACCUUGCUCCACUACUACCAGUGCAUCAACAUGACCGCCCGCCCGCUGCUCUUCCACGUCGUGCAGCGGCGCCUCAAGACGAGCCCGCCCGGCGGCGCGGCGAGGAGGGCAGGAGGAGGAGGAGGAGGAGGCGCCGGCGGCAACAAGCUGCUGGAGCAGCAGGACUGGCGGGCGGGGCUGUCGCAGACGACGAUCCGCGUCAUCGAGAUGUGCAUCUCGGCGGCGCAGGACACGAUCAACAUGAUGACGGUGGCGGCGCAGCGCGACCUCGUCGCCACGUACGGCUACAUGGACGGCGAGCACGCCUUCAGCGCCGCCAUCGUGCUCGUCAUGGCCUGCGGCGCCUUCCCGGCCAACGCGCAGAGCGCGCUGGCCAUGAACGCCGGGCUCGACCUGCUGCGCGGCAUGGCGCAGCGGGGCAACAGCCACAUGGGCGCGCGGUACGAGCUGCUCGCGCACCUCAAGUCGAUCCUGAUGCCCGACGACGACGCCGGCACCCUCGGCGCUGCGGUGAGGCCGUUCGCGCCCUCGGCGGCGGCGGCGGCGGCGGCGGCGGCAGCAGCAGUACCCACCAGCACCCCGCCGUCGAAUACCUCGCCUGGCAGUGGCGGCGCCGUGCCGCAGCAGACAGCCGUGGCGGCGGCGGCGCCGGCCAACAGGGCUGCCAACCCCGGCAUGAUGAUGCUGGGCCACGUGCCCAACGUGGGCGGCGCGGACGUGGGCAUCGGCGGGCUGCUGGGCUUCGGCGCCGGCGCCGAGAUGCCCACUUUUCCCCUGGUGAUGGCCAACAGCAACGAGCUGGGCGACAUGUUCUACGACGUCGACGUCAACCUCGGCGGCGGGGUCGGCGGCGGGGACGACGACUUCAUGCUCUGGGAGGAAGGGUUCGCGGACCCGGCGGGCUACGACCUGACGCAGUGGACGCAGGCGACGCAGAUGGCCGUGGACGGAGGGGUGUAUCCGAAUACCUAG